UUGAGAGUAAAAUCGGGAAAAUCUCAAAAGCUAAUAACGGAGAUUUCGCAAUGGUCACGUGAGUCAUAGUGUCAGCACCUUUUGAAGCAUCUAUAUAAUGACGGUCACUACUACUGCGCUGGAAAUGGUGUAGGCAACUUGAAAGCUGUACAUGAGACUAUUUUGUCUCGUUUUUCGUGAAGAAGAUGUCUAGGACACCGACAGACAACGAGAAACGAAACGAAAAUACCUCACCUGUCUUUUAUCAAUUUUCAGUCACCGAGGUUACAGGCUUCAAAUUCACAGAGCAUGUGCCCUGGAGACGUACAAAGACUGAGCAUGCAUGACUUGGCGCACUGUGGAACAAUUCAGCAAUUAUCUCAGCAUCUAGGCAGAGACCCAAACCCUCGCUGCUUGCCUCCUGAUGGAAACCCUCGACCGUUCGUUCGUCCUGAACCUUCCAGCCGUGCAGGCCGUCCUACAGCUGGAGUCCACUCUUCAAGAAUCUCGCGUACUGAACGCGGUGGCUAAAGUUCUUAAGAGUCUGGCCCAACCCACCCACCAGGACUCCAGACCACCAGCUCCACCAGCAGCAGCAGCAGCUGAAUGCUUCAUCACUUCUGGUGUCAACGCUUGGGCAGCUCAGAAUCUUCGUGCUAAGGCGAUCCUGGAAGAGCUGGAGGUUUUAGGAGAGGAAGACAGCGAAACUGUAGGCUUUGCUUUUGUCGAUGCUGGAACAAAAAGGGACUCAGGAGACACUUUCUCUGGUCCUGGAUCAACCUCUGCGGCAAGAAAAGAUCCCCAGGCUGAUGUGGUGUCAGAGGACAGCGCAAGCACCGUGUCAUCGUCCUCAUCGUCGACUGUUGCAAGUAAAUGCGGUAACGCAGACAUUUGCGUCGACGGCGAGGAGAUAGGACCGAGGGGCACGAACCCGGUGGGCCAGAACACCAAGAAUAGGGAUUUCACUGACCACGGCGACCGCAAGGCGGAGGCACUGUUGCUGAGGAAGAGAAUGGAAGCGGCGCGACGCGAAAACGAGCGGCUGAAGGCGCGGCAAAUAUGCCGCGUGUGCAAGGAGCGGCCAGUGGAGUUGACCCUGCUGCCCUGCGGUCACUUCCUGCUGUGCGCGACUUGCGGGUCAACGCUGUCCUCGUGUCCAGCUUGCGCCACCACCAUUCUUGCUGACGUCAAGACUAUCGUCUCGUAAAAAUGUUCCAAGAUACUUUCUCUACUCAACUAGAGUUUUCUGUGUAAAUCUUGCCUCAAGCAACUUUCUUUUAAAUGUUGCUUUGCUGACUGGAAAAAAAGUUAGCGAGCAUGUCAAUCAUUUAAUAAGCUCCAAAAACAAACAGAAUCAUUGUUUAAAAAAAAAAAAAAAGCUGUGACUCGCUAUUCAUGGAGAAAUGCUUCGAUCUGCUUAAAUUGUAUUUGCUUUUCUAUUUUACAUUUUUGCUUACAUUUUCCCUGGUUCACCGUGCUGUACCAUCUACAUCCAUUAAGCUACCUUAAGAGUAAAGAUACCGCAGCAUACAUCAUCUUUACUAACAACACAGUGAACAGCAGCAUACCCCCAACCACCCAAACUAAGAGUCACAUGAUUGAAGCACACACCACGAAAUCACUAGUGACAGAAGGCAUCCUCUCGGUCAUUAUCGGCAAUGUUACAUCAGAGCUCAUGUUGAGAAACCCGAGCUGAAGUUAUACUUGCUGCUGACCGGAGCAAGGGGGGAGGUGAGAGAUAGCGUCUGACACCUGGCGAUGGGGGUUUGUGGGAGGGAGGAGAGAAGCGGUGCUGGGCUCUCAAGUCCGAGAAUCAUAGAAGGCAUCAGUCAAAGUAGUCUCUCUUGACACUCACUAUGCCUUUCUAUUUUCAAAUUAAAUUGAAAGACAUUGCAAACAAAAUUUGUUUUUACAAGAAUAUCAACAUUUUUACGGCCAUUGCCUAUUUGCUCUGUUAAUGUGCUACUUUUUUAUUUGUAGUGCUAUCUUUAGACAGAUAAACAGUAUUGUUAUCUUUUUUUCACGUUUAAGUUAUGUUAUACACCGUGCUAAUUAUCUUGAAUUUGUGAUUAUACAAUACUCAGUAACUGCUGUGCAUGAUUUCAUGUAUAAGCUACAAACCCUCACAUUAAAUGAUGUGUAAGCCUGGAUUUUAUUUAUUGUAUUCUGUGCAUAGCUUAUGUCUUUCAAACUUGAUUGUUUUGAAGAAGCAGAGGCAAUGUAAGACUAUCCAGACUGUCUACUUUACAGUGGCUGCAAAUUAGAGUGUUUAGAAAACAUCAUUUCUGUGUUGUUUUUCCUACUAAUUUAUACUUUUAAGUACUUUACUUAUCUCCCUUUGGUAUGCUUUGUGUUGUCUACUCACAAACUUGUACACGUCGGUGGUUCUACCCAAUGCUACAAUGGCUGGAUCUUGUAUUUUACUGAGAUAUUAAGUACACCAUAUUAUGAAGAUCUUAUUUCAAUUUGGACACCUUAUACCAGGGGUGGGCAAUUAAUUUUCCCAAGGGGCCGCAUGAGAAACUGGGAUGGUUCUAGAGGGCCGGACUAUCAUAGUUAACUCAGUGUUACCCAAUACUGUAUAUGUUAAGGUGACCAGACAUCCCGCUUUAGGCAGGACAGUCCCGCUUUUGACCCUAUUAUGAAAUAUUUUUCCUUUCCCAGAUGACCAUUGCAGAUUUUGCUACAGAAAAAAAGUAGCUGACAUUAAGGUAAUUUGCGUUUGAAAUUGGACAACUCCCUCUGAUCAUGGGGGCAGUAUGGUGGCACAACAGUUAGCACUUGUUACCAAUACAUUGAUAGAAGGUUGGCUGUCUUAGGUUGGCUGUCCUUGCUCUCAUUUUGGGCAUGCUGUUCUUUCUCUGUAUGUGGCAUCUGUUUAGAGGACUUGCCAUUGCCAUGGCUUGCCUUGCCAUUAUACCGCCUUAGUUGCUGGCUCAGCAUAAAACACCAAUUUCACCCCACCCCUCUGAUCAUAGAGUUGAUUGUUGUUUGGGUUUUUGUUUAAACAAAAAAAAUGAAAGUGAAAUUUUUCAGUUGAUUUGAGCCUGGUGGUAGUCCAUAUUUUAUUUUAUUUGUUUUUGGCAUUAACUUUAGAAGGAUAGAAAAGACUGGUGACAAGUCUUAUGGCAUCCAUUUCAGUGUGCAUGGAUUUUAUACUGUUUAAAGCUGCAAAAUUUCAGUGUCCAUGAGAUGUUAUUUUUUUAAAACAACCUUUUUUUAACACUGAUAAAUUGUUUCAUAAGCAUUUACUGAAAGAGAGGUUAAAAAAAGGAAAUUUUGAUUGAUGAUUGUUUUUGAGACUUGUAGUCUGUCUUUUUUUAAUGAAUAUUUCUCCUUUUCUUUUUUUUACAAUUAUAACAUACAAAUAUGCAUGGCCUGUAUCUAGUCUAUUCAAGUCCACUUUUUUUUUUACUUUUUCAUAGCAAUAAAGACUGUCAAAUGCUG